AUGGUGAACUUGGUCGAUUUCCGUCGUCAGGUUGUAUGUAAUAUAAAGUAUAUCAGUUUGACAAUCGUGGUUGAUUUCGAUUAUAAGAUACUCUUUGAUUCAGUUCGGAAAGGAGUUAUGGUAGUUAUAACAAGAGAUGGUGUUACUUUAGAUUUGGAGGAAGGUGUUGAUUUUGGAGAUGCACUUAGAAAGAAAGUAAAUGAAUUGGCUAGUGGCUGUGUAUGUUCAUCUGACAUAAUCGAUCAAGAAGAAUACUUGAAAAGGCUCUGCAACCAUUUCGACGCAUUCUUUCCAUUAUGUAGUAUUCUUGUUACAAAUCGAAAUCAUACAAUUUCUGGUCAGUACAAACACUUCCGCUAUGAACAACCAGUGUCUAUAUUUGGAAAUACACGUAGAACAGACGUAUAUGUUAUAGGAAGAGGGUACAACACUGUGUUUACUUUGUUAGGUGAAGGUGGCUAUUGCCACUGGAGAUUUAAUGGCUGGUUUGAAAGAAAUGACAAGACAGUUACUUUUGUAUAG